CAGCCGCACAGCCUUGUGAGCAACAGGACUUCUAUUCCAGCUUCAGUUUGUGCGUUUUUCCCACAAGGGUUCCUGUUACACUGCAGCCAUGGGAUUUCGCUCCCUCACUUCCAUCUCCAGCAUCACAAGUGUCUCCAUCCCGUGCGUGGGAAUAACAGUUCUGCUGCAUCUCUCUCUGUCAUUCAACGUUGAUGUGAAAGAUACUAUGACUUUUAGUGGCCCUGUUGAAGACAUGUUUGGAUAUAGUGUUCAACAAUUUGAAAAUGAAGAGGGGAAAUGGGUCCUUAUUGGUUCUCCCUUGGCUGGUCAACCCCAAAAGAAAACAGGCGAUGUCUAUAAAUGCCCUGUAGGACAGGGUGAUGGUUUGCCAUGUGUAAAAUUAAACUUGCCAGCUGACACUUCCAUUCCUCAAGUUACAGAAGUAAAGGAGAAUAUGACUCUUGGGUCAACCUUAGUGACAAAUCCCAAAGGAGGGUUUUUGGCAUGUGGACCUCUUUAUGCUUAUAAAUGUGGGCACUCCCAUUACACAACAGGCAUCUGUUCCAAUGUUAGCUCCAAUUUUGUGGUUGUGAAUUCCAUCGCUCCAUUGCGAGAAUGCAAGUCGCAGCUGGAUAUUGUCAUUGUUCUUGAUGGAUCUAACAGUAUUUACCAAUGGACAGAUGUCACCGAAUUUUUGAAUCGUCUACUGCAAAAAAUGAGCAUAGGCCCUCACGAUACACAGGUUGGGAUCAUUCAGUAUGGAGAAAAUGUAACCAAUGAAUUUAAUCUCAACACUUAUACAACCACAGAAGAAGUGCUUGUAGCAGCAAAGAACAUAAAACAGAGGGAAGGACUCCAGACCAUGACAGCUCUUGGCAUUGAAACUGCCAGGAAAGAAGCUUUCACAGAAGCUCGUGGCGCCCGUCCAGGGGUACAAAAAGUCAUGGUAGUUGUGACUGAUGGAGAAUCUCAUGACAACUUCCAAUUAGAAAAAGUGAUUGAGGAUUGUGAAAAAGACAAUAUACAGAGAUUUUCUAUUGCUAUUCUUGGUCAUUAUAACAGAGGGAAUCGAAGCACUGAGAAGUUAGUAGAGGAAAUCAAAUCCAUUGCAAGCUUGCCAACUGAAAAGCAUUUUUUUAAUGUCUCAAAUGAAUUAGCUCUGCUUACAAUUGUUGAAGCUCUUGGAGAGAGAAUAUUUGCCUUGGAAGCUACCAAUGAUCAACUGGCAGCCUCUUUUGAAAUGGAAAUGUCUCAAGUUGGUUUCAGUGCCCAUUAUUCUCAGGACUGGAUCAUGCUUGGAGCAGUUGGGGCAUACGACUGGAAUGGGACUGUUGUCAUGUUAAAGGAUAGCAAUUUACUAAUACCGACAAGUAACACAUUUGAUGAUAAAUUUUCAGAAAGAAAUGAAACCCUUGCAGCUUACUUAGGUUAUACAGUCAAUUCAGCCUAUGUACCUGGAGAUCUGCUAUACAUUGCAGGGCAACCUCGUUAUAAUCACACCGGUCAAGUUGUCAUAUAUAGGAUGAGGGGCACCGAAGUAGAAAUACUUCAGAAAUUAAGUGGAGAACAGAUUGGAUCAUAUUAUGGAAGUGUUAUCACAACAAUUGAUAUUGACAAAGAUACAUAUACAGAUAUUCUUCUGGUGGGAGCACCUAUGUACAUGGGGACUGAGAAAGAAGAACAAGGCAAGGUGUACAUUUAUUCUUUGAACAAGAAAACCUUUGAAUAUCAGAUGACACUUGAGCCUGUAAAGCAGACUUGCUGUUUGCUACAGAAGGAGAAGGACUGCACAAAUCACAACAAAAAUGAACCUUGUGGAGCUCGUUUUGGGACAUCAAUUGCUCCAGUAAAGGAUCUCAAUCUUGAUGGUUUUAAUGAUAUAGUCAUAGGUGCUCCUCUAGAAGAUGAUCAUCGAGGGGCUGUGUAUGUUUAUCAUGGAGAUGGGAAGAGUAUAAGGCAAGAAUAUGCCCAGCGUAUUGCAUCAGGUGGAGAUGGGGAUAAGAUGAAAUUUUUUGGACAGUCUAUACAUGGUGAAAUGGAUUUAAAUGGAGAUGGACUUACAGAUGUCACUAUUGGAGGCCUAGGAGGAGCAGCCCUCUUCUGGUCUCGAGAUGUUGCCCAAGUAAAUGCUUCUAUGAAAUUUGUGCCUAACAAAAUUGGUAUUCAGAAGCUAAGCAGUGGCAUGCAAAAACAAAAGGUGUAUAUUAAUGCCACAAUUUGUUUUGAAGUCAGAUUAAAAUCGAAGGAGGUCACAGUCAAUGAAACAGAUAUACAGUACUGGCUUACACUUGAUUCACAAAGAAAGGUGUCUCGAAGUGUUUUUGCAGAAACAAAUGAACGGAAGAUACAAAAAAACAUCACAGUUAGCGGUUCAGAAUGUAUUAAACACAACUUCUACAUGUUGGGCAAGCCUGACUUUCGUGAUCCUAUAAAGGUUUUGCUGGAGUUUAAUUUUUCUGACCCUGAGAGUGGACCGAUCCUUGACAGUGCGCUGCCCAACUCAAUAUAUGAAUAUAUCCAUUUCACAAAAGAUUGUGGAAACAAGGAGAAAUGUAUUACUGAUCUACAGCUGACUGCCAAUGCAACCAUAGGAGGAAACAGUUUAUCUCCAUUCAUCAUCAAAAUGAACAAUUUGAAAUUCUGGGUCCAAAUGUUGGUCAGAAAUAAAAAAGACAGUGCUUACAAUGCAAGAGUCUAUGUGCAACAUUCUCCAAAUAUUAUUUUUGCUGGAAUUGAGAAAAUACCAAAAGAUAGCUGUGAUACCGGGCAUAACAUCACAUGUAAAGUAGGCUACCCCUUCCUGUCUCCUAAUGAGGAGAUUUUCUUCGAAAUAGCUUUCCAGUUCAAUGUGUCCCAUCUUCUGGAAAAUACUAUACUUCACUUUUCUGUUACAAGUGAUAGCGAUGAACUGGAUGAGACUCUUGGAGACAACAGAGGAAGCAUUUCAAUUCCAGUAAAAUAUGAAAGUGGAUUAAUAUUUAAAAGAGAACUUCGUUCAUAUCACAUCUCCAUUGCUGCAAAUGAUACCAUACCUGCAAUAAUUAAUUCUACUGACAAUAUUGGAGAAGAAAUUAAUAUAAACUACUUGAUUGAGAAAGGUGAACAUUUCUUACAGCCACAGCUUGCACUGCAAAUCUCAUUUCCAAAGAAUGUUUCAGAUGAAAACCAAAUCCUUUACCUCACCCGGAUAUCAUAUUCAGAGAAUGCAAAAUGCCAAUCCAGCCACCCAAGUGAUCUAUUAAGGAUUGAUAUGGGCAAUUCAUUCACAACAUCAAGAAUACAAGAACCUCUAAAGGAUCCAAACAUAAACUGUGAUGCAUAUGAUUGUGCAUCCAUUAACUGCACUAUGGCCCCAUCCAACAUAACUCAUGUGAAUAUUUCAUUCAGACUCUGGAAGCCUACUUUUAUAAAGGCAAAAAUUCACAGUAUAGAGCUCAUUGUGAAAGCAAGUCUAAGAAGUGAAAACUCAUUAAUGAUCUUGAAGAAAGAAAAUGAAAAAAUAGAGACAAUAAUUCAGAUCUCAAAGGAACUUCUUCCUGGGCGGGUACCACUAUGGGUUAUUCUGCUGAGUGUUUUUGCUGGACUCCUGAUUCUUACCUUGCUUAUAUUUGCAUUAUGGAAGGCUGGAUUUUUCAAUAGGCCCUUAAGAAAGAAAAUGGAGAAAUGAGAAGAAACUCCAGAAAAAGAAAAACUGUAACUGUUCUGCAGUGAUCUGUCCUCAGGUGGCCUUCUGAGAUAUGAUUGUGAAACCAAAUCCUUGGCUUAAUGUAGGAGGGGUCACAAAUGCAAGUUUUAUUUCAAUCAACACUGUAUGCUGAGCAUUAAAGGAAACAAAAAAGAAAAUCAAUAAAUCAAAGAUAGCAAAAAAAAUCCUGGAAGGAUUUCUUUUCCGUUUCUAUAGGUGAGCAGGACUGAAAAAUCUGUACUAGGUCUGUAUUCAGACCUUCUUUUCAAAUAACUUUUUCUGCAUGGACAUGCAAACAACUUUGAAACCAAGGAGUAUUAAAAGCUAGUGAGAGAGCAGAGAGACAAUUUACUCCUCAGAUCCUACCCAAUAUUUUUAACAUUGCCAUUUAUUUUUAGAGCACAACCCACAGAUUUGUAUUGUAUCUCAAGCGUAUGGACAUGGCGGUAUAACCUACUGAGUUGAAUUUGAGGAUUUCGGACAGUGUCUACAUGCAUAAGAAACAUCUGCAAAUGUUAUCUGUCAUCAUUCCUAAAUGGGGGGAAGCCUGUAUUCCAAGAUGGGCAUGCUACUAUUUUGGGAAAUAUAUAUCUAGGACAAAGAACAGCCCCUCAGAAAUUAUCAAAUGCACUAUGAAAUCUCACAGAGGUGUUAUCUACCAAGCAUCAAAUGGAAUUUCCUGCCUUAUGUGUAAUUAUAGAAAAGUUAUUACUCAGAGGCCAAGGUCAUAUUCGUAUGCAGGGUACCCCAAGCUCAUUUCUUCAUAUCUCCAAUUUGAGAGAGGAAAAUAUGCAUCCAGAAAACUGAAAACCUGCUAUACAUAAUUCUGAACUAGUCAAUGCUAUGAUCUGAUUUAAUAUCAGAAAGCUUAUAUUCCUCAAAUAUUAAAAGUGUAUAGAUAAAAGUCAAGACAUGGUCCUCUCUUUAUUUUACAUCUAGAAACAGAAACUUUUAACCGUUUUAUGCAUGUAAAAAAGGAAUGAAGAAGGGGCCUCAUUCGCAUUGUGAAAAGGGUGCCAUUUCUUCACAUAGCGGGAAAUUGUAGCCUCCCAUUAUGGCUGAAAUAGCUCACGAGACUACAUUUGCAUCAUGCAUGAUUCUGAACCACCUUUCAUUCCUCCAUAGUGUGUAUCGUAUUACUAUAUAUUGACCACCAGGAGACAGUACAUGACUGGUUUUCUAAUAAAGAUGAAACCAAUCACGUACAACCUCCUUGUGUUCAGUAUAAUAGGAUAUGAGUAACUACCUGCACAAACGAUUACUAUUUUCUCAUUAUUAAUGAUGAAUCCUUGAAAAUAUGUUUCAUGUUUAGUAGAAAAUAUGGAAAAUGAAGAUUUCUUGAAAAAGUUGAACCACUGUUCUUUAAUUUAUUAGACAGAACAUGGUCUUUGUGCAAGUCAUUUAUAACAGACUAUUGCUACGUUUGUCUCAAGAUUUGUUAGCAGAAAAAUAAGAUUGAUUGAUUGAUUCCUUCCUUCCUUCUGCUUUCAAGUCAGUGACUACAUGGACAAGUCCAUGCAGUUUUCCAGGCAGUGGUUCGUCCUAGCUAGUGUUUGUCAACCUUAGCAACUUUAAGAUGUGUGGACUUCAACUCCCAGAAUUCAUGGCUGGCUGGGGAAUUCUGGGAGUUGAAGUCCACACAUCUUAAAGUUGCUAAGGUUGACAAACACUGGUCCUGGCCUUCUUCCCAGGGCUGAGAGGGAGUAACUGGCUAGCUUCUGUGUCCAAGGCAGAACUAGAACUCAGGUUUCCCUGUUUAUCCACCAGACCAUUGUAAUAUGAUACAGUGUAAUAAGGCAGUGUAACAAAUCUGUUUGAUAAAAAUCCAACACUGCAAGACCACCACAGAUGUUGUGUGUGCAUCCAUGGCAUUUUCCUCAGAUACUUCUUGUUGUUUUAUCCACAUGGAGUUUGCACAGACAAAGUGUCUUUCCAUACUGAAAAGGCAAUCCAUUUUGUAUUCCCCUUUUCAAACAUUAUAGGGAUGUUUGAACUAUAUGUUGGUGCUCAUAAAUUCUGUGGUUCUCUUGUGAGUUGUACAAUCUUCCCAUACCAAUCAGCCAGUACAUGUAAUUUAAAUAUUUGUUCAAACAGCUUUUUAAAAUAGCUCUAGUUAUUCAUGUUGAAUAUUAUCAAUCAAUCCACUGGAAUUUUGGAAAUGUUAUGCUGAACAAUUCUUGUCAUUAAAAGAUCAUUAUGAUUUCUUUUAAAAAAAAAAUCCAAAUCCAAAAUUUAUCUGAAGAUCUAUUGCUGGAGGAUUACAUAGUAACAGCUAUAAAAAAUUUCCAUAUUGGAAAUGAUGCAAAUCAUGAAAUUGAUAGAACAAGAUUUUCCUCACAAGUACAGAGUUUCAUUUGUGUCCAUAUAUAUUUCCUACUAGAGCUCCUGUUGUUUUCAUUUCAAGUAUUUCAAAUUCUUUUUUUACGUGUUUUCCAAGCAUGAAUGAAAAGGAUCUGAAUAUGUGUAAAAAACAGUGAUGAGGUUUGGGAUCAGGUGUGCAACAAAGUCCCAGUUGUCAAUGCAUUACAAGCAACAAGAAGCAGAUCAGGACUGCAAUAAAACAACAGGAUUGCAAUAAAACAAGAUAGAACAGACAGAAGUUACAAACUAUCAAAUAGAUUUUAAUUUGCUACUUAUGAAUUGAGGAAUUAUUUAAGUCGCUACAUUAGAUAAUAUAGGAGAUAAAAAACCCUGAAAUAGACAAAACGUUUUGACGAGUUUAGAACACUAAUAGCCACUACUAAACAGUAUGGUCCAAAUCUACUUAAAUUUAACCAAGGGUGAAAAAGUCCAACUGAAAGCACUAGCAAAUAUUAUUGGCACAGCUAAUUUGCAGGUACAUCUGACUUUAUUUGGAUUGGGAUUGCAAAAUGUAGCCACUGCACUUAUUUUAAUGGAAUUUAGUUUCAAAUAUUCAUAGUAACAUGGCCUGGGAGUAAUUGCAUUCAGGAUUUCAUUACUUCAAAAUAUUCUAAUUAAAGAUAAUCAAAAUGCCCUAGAGAAAGUAGGUCAUAGAUUGGAGUACAGUACUAAGUAAUGUGAAAAAUACCUUUUCUCUCACAUGUGUCACUUUUUGUUCACUAUAAAACUGUUUGUCAUGCAACUGUCAUUUCAAGAAUAGCAUGUUGAUAAAUGUAUGUUUUUAAAAUACAAGUUUGGUAUUCAUUUCACUAUUUAAAUUUCUUUUUUUUUCAUGCUGAAUGUUUCAUCUAUGUCUCUAUAGCUAUUCCUCCAAAUACACCAAAAAUCUCUACAGGUAUUUAGUUUUGGACCGGGGUUCUAAAUUUUCUUCUGAUGUAUAUUAAGAACUAGCUUGCAGUGGCAAAUGAUGGGAAUCAAUUUUUGCCCCUAUAACUGGCAGUCAAGCAGGGAAACACUGAUUUCCAUUGGCCACAGGGGUAUCCACAAGGCAUGGUUAAAAAAAAGUCAAGAUGACCGAUACAACAAUACAAUUGAAGCUCCACCUUUUUUUUUUUUUUUGGCACAUAAACAGGUGGAAUUUUGUUGCAGCUACUGACUUUUUUUUUUUAACUAUACCCUGCCAACACCCCUGAUUUGCUUUGAUUCCAUAAUUGAAAAAUUGGGUUCAAAAUACGAUUUUCAAUUCAUGAUUUGGAAGGACAAACUAUUCCUUCAUGUAAUGGUAGGCUAUGGAUUCCCCCCACAAGGGGAAGCAAUAAUUAAAAUGGAGUAUACAAAGAGACAGAAGGGCAGACCAGGAAUCUGCAAACCCAAGGUUUGUUUCCAAUACCACAAACCAUAAUUUACUAUUAAAUCCAAUCCCAAAUAUAUUGGAGUAGAAUACUGUGUUGAAAUAUGCCCUGCAAUACCCCCACAUAGCUCCAUGGCAAAGUAAAUUUCACAUUUGGAUUUACCUUGAUAGCAUAUUUAAUCAUUAUUUAUGGAAAUGGCUGGGAGCACAACUACUUCUGCUAUCCAUCAUAUUGAUGCCUCAUUGGCUGAAAAGACUAAUGGAGGAGUUUUCUCGUGAUAUCUUCCUUUGGAUUUAACAGAAGUGGGAAAAGCCAGGGAGGCUGCAGAGCUAGUAUAAAGAGAGAACAUUCCCACAACCUUUUUGGUCACCUUGGAACUCCAUAUGUGCCUGAAGAUAACAUGCCAAGCAAGAAAAUGGCACCAAAAUUAUCUUGUUCUUGUGUAUAAAAAAAGAAGUCAUCAAAUUGUUUGGAAAAAAUCUGUGAGAUGCCAUUUUACACAGAGCUAGAAAAAAUAUUUAUUCCUGUCCAUUAUAUCACGCUGAGAUAAAGGCCUGACUCAUGCCUUGCAGCAUCAGUGCAUGUUACAAGCCAUGUAUUCAUUUCCAUUUUUUCUGUAAAUAUUAUUUGUGUGUGGGAGAAUAUGUGAAUAUAUAUGUGUGUUACUAAUCUAAUUACACAAUCUUGUCUGAAA